AUGGAACCGCCUCAAAAAGGGCACGCGAACCUCUUCCAGGUUUACUUGCGACUACGGCCUCCUCCAGCUGGUAAUUCUAAUGCUGAACGUUUCCUCUUGGUCGAGGAACCUGCUGAACACAAUGCGCCCACACAUAUCACAUUGAACCCUCCGAACGACCGAAGACGAGCGAUUGAGAAGUUCGCAUUCACUCAAGUCUUCGAAGAAGAUGCCACACAACUUGAUCUAUUCCAGGGUACUAAGGUGCUUCCGUUGGUUGAGGGCGUAUUAGCGCCUCAUGGAGGUGAAGGCACAGAUGGCUUGCUGGCGACUCUGGGAGUCACUGGUUCAGGCAAGACGCAUACAAUGCUUGGAUCCAAGAACCAGCGAGGCUUAACGCAGCUUGCUCUCGAUGUAGUGUUCCGAUCUAUCGACUCAAGCAUUGUUGACUGUGAAACGUCUCCUACCUUAGAGGCCAGUAUAAGAGCCUCGGAUGCAUCUGAAGCAUCCAUCCACUCUGCUCCAGCGUUCCUCGAAACUAUCUAUAGCGAUUACAAUGGCCCGUCUAGAGCUGGGUCCAGAGCUGCAACACCAAUGAUUGUAGGACCCCCACAGAAUUUCGUUCGACCUUCUAUAUUCAAUGCCACCCCUUCUCUGCCUGGUAGAUUUCCAGACAGUCCUAAGAGUAUCCGAGUUGUUAGUCACGAGGAUGACCUAUCAAGAGUAACCCUACUUUCAACACCUCCCAGCCAACGGGAGGUUAUGAUACCGCGUACACCAACGCAAGUUGCGUCUACUAAGCCAAAGUUGGCCGAGUCUUUGUCACCCAAGAAACAUUACAUGUCUCUUACUUCAGCUGUAAGAAAUAAGAAGACUGUUACUAAAACUCCAAUCAAGGGCGAGUACCCCCUACCGCCGAUACCGACCCCGAGACGUCACCUACAACGAGUAUCCGCUCUCCCUCAAGCUCCCGAUAUUAGUUCAGUUCGAGCGUCCUGCGAUCCAUCUGCCGAAUAUGCUAUCGUCAUCUCCAUGUAUGAAGUAUAUAAUGAUCGAAUCUUCGACCUACUAACUCCCCCGGUCAAGUCGAAUGCCACGAAGGAAUACCGACGACGACCACUCCUAUUCAAGCCCACGGAGCUAUCCCCCGAUCGUAAAGUUGUAGCUGGACUUCGGAAGGUCAUCUGCGGUAACUUGAAUGAAGCACUAAUGGUUCUAGAGGCUGGGCUACACGAGAGACGAGUCGCCGGCACCGGCAGUAAUAGUGUUUCGUCGAGAAGUCAUGGAUUCUUCUGUGUCGAGAUUAAGAAGAGGCGUCGUGGCCGCACUAAUGGACGUUGGGGCACUAGCACCCUUAGCAUCGUUGACUUGGCUGGUAGUGAACGAGCGAGAGACGCCAAGACUCAGGGGGCCACGCUUGCUGAGGCGGGCAAGAUCAACGAAAGCCUGAUGUAUCUCGGGCAAUGUCUACAGAUGCAGAGUGAUGCUAGCAACACCACAAAGCCUAACUUAGUCCCCUUCCGUCAAUGUAAACUCACCGAGUUGCUUUUCUCUAACUCGUUCCCUUCAGCUUCUCAAUCACAUUCUGCUGUUAGUAGGCGUGCGCCUCAGAAGGCUGUCAUGAUCGUUACUGCCGAUCCAUUGGGAGACUUCAACGCGACCUCUCAGAUCCUCAGAUAUAGUGCUCUAGCUCGCGAGGUCACCGUUCCACGUAUCCCUUCCAUCACGUCUACUAUCCUGGCAAACACCACAAUGCAGUCAGGUCAAUCAGAGUCAAGCGUAGGCUCUUGCAGCCCUACAAGCUCACCCGUUAUGUCUCACCAAAAGCCUUAUUACCAACCGUCUAAUAAUAGUCAUGGUCGGAUGUUCUCGCCUAUGACGGAUACGGAGCGGGCGACUAUGGAGAACGCGGCUUUGGAGAUUGCUAGGAUGGCGGAUAUCAUCGACCAGUUGAAUACCGAGCUAGCACGAGAAUCAGAAGAGCGCAUGACCGCGGAGGCGCAUCUGCUAUCAAUGGAAGAUCGUAUCGCAGACCUCGAACAAGAGAUUCGAGAAGAAUGCUACGCGGACUUCGAGCAGCGGCUGUCCCUGGAAAUGGGACGCUGGAAGGCCUCGCUCUCCCUAGAGCAGGAGCGCGGCGAAGAGCACUGGGACCGCAAGGUCGAGGUGCUCGCUCGAAGCGUCGGCGUAGUCACAGUCACGGCGCCGAGCUCCGAAGACGACGAGGCCGAGAACGAGGAUAAGGAGAACAUACUUAUCGAGAACCUGGAGGAAGAGAACGAGCGGUUGCGGAGAGAAGUCGCGAUCCUAAAGCGCGAGCUCUCCGGCCGCACGCCGAGCAAGCGUUCGCCGCUUCAAGAGAGGGGCGACGUGCCCAGCACCAGAUCGUCCACGGUCGGAGCUGAUGCGUUGGCGGGGCUGGGGAACCGCAUGGAGCAGCUUCGCAUGAACGGCGGCGAGGAGAAGAACAAGAAGGUCCUCAAGGUGUCGAGCAAUGGCAGUCCGCAGAAGAAGGUCCGCAAGCUGCCGGCGAGGAAGUGGGAUGGUGUCGCUGCUGAAGAUGAGUUGAGUUAA